CACACAAACACACACAGCCGAACCGGUGGAUGAACUUCAGCUGGAUAAUGGAUUAACGCAUCAGACAGAUAGCAAAAAAGUAUGAGCUCCAGAUGUCAAUGUAUUGGAAGAAAACACCCACCCACCCACGGCGGGAUGAGUCACAGUGAGGCUGAAUGAGCGCCGGUGCGGACGGGGAGAUUCAGCGUGGGGUAUUUAACUCGUUUCUGCUACUUAAAGCUUCAAACGGCGGGUUUUUUAUGGAGAAGAGGAGCUCGAGCCGCCACACGGACUUGCUGCGCGAGGCGCUGGUGCCAGAUAUGGAUCGCGCGCGGGAUAGCUCCGGACGCUGGUGCGCAUCUUCAUAAAGUGCGACACUCCGACACCGACGAGCCCAAAAAGUGCAUCUGUCCCGAGUCCAGGCGGAGGACAGGCGGGAGGACGAGCCGCAGGAGCACCGCUGCUGCCGACCGACGAGAUAAUUUAGGGAGAAAAAGUUUGAGAAAAGCGCCCAAAGUACUUUUACUUUAAAAAAAAAAAAAAUCUCCACAGGAAGCUUUGAAGAUGCGUCAAGAGGUCGCGAGGAGAUUUCACGCGCUGCUCGUGAUUUGGUGGAUACUUGUCUUAAGUUUGGGGACAGGGUUUCCCGCCAGACACAAGAAUGUCGCCCACAAGGGUCAUGGCCACCAGAUUCACAGCGGUGGGGUCCAAUACGCCCCUGAGGCUUUGGAGCAGCAGAACCAGGUCCAGAGUCUCCUGCCGGAGCCCCACAACCACCAGAGGAGGUGGUCCCACCCGCAGCAUCGCUCUGUUGGCGUUCUCCCACAGCCUGAGCCCGAGGAGGAGACCAAACCCUUCAUCCUGGAUCUCAAGAACUUUCCAGACCUGGCCAACGCUGACAUCAACUCACAAAACCCAAACAUACAGGUAACCAUCGAGGUGGUGGACGACCCUCAGAUGGAGGUGGAGAUGGAUCUGGCGAAGGAAAAAGACUGGCUACCCUCCUCUUCCUCCUCGCCCUCUUCCACAGUGGACUGGCUCGGAGGCAAGAAGCUUUUCUGGCCCCUUUUCUGGAGUUACACCGACGCAGAUUCCAGCGAGGACAACAACAGCCGGUCAGGCGUGGAGGAAACUGGCGAGGAAGAGGAGGAGGAGGAUUACUCGCUGGAUUACGGCAGCGAAGAGCCCUUACCCAGCGGAGUGGGCGGAGACUGGGAUACGCGCUGGAACGAAGGCUGGGAUCCAAUGCAGAGCUACUACGAGAAGGAGACAGACGAGUGGACUCCCUGGUCUCCCUGUUCAGUGACUUGUGGAAACGGUGAGAGGAAGAGGACCAAGUCCUGCGGUUACUCCUGCACUCUGACAGAAGCCUCUAAGUGUGACCUGGAGCCGUGUCCUGGUGAUGUCAACACUGUGGCGGAGCCUUUCCCUUUCGAGAUGGAGAACGGCACAGAGCCAUUUGGGACAGAUGCGGACAGCUGUGAGAAGUGGCUCAACUGUAAGAGCGAGUUCCUCCAGCGGUACCUCCACCAGGUCUUGUCUGAGCUGCCCAGCUGCCCCUGCUCCUACCCCCCCGAGGUGGCGUACACUGUCGUCAGCGUCUACGACGAGAACCACGGCCGGCAGUUUCGUUGGCGUGACGCCAGCGGCCCCAAGGAGCGCCUGGACAUCUACAAGCCUUCAGCGCAUAACUGCAUGCGCUCUGCGCUUUCCGGCGACUCGUCCACUCUGGCGGCGCAGCACUGUUGUUACGGCGACCGCGGGCGGCUGAUCACGCGAGGGAAAGGCGCGGGAACGCCUAACCUGAUCAGCACCGAGUUCUCACCUGAGCUGCACUUCAAAGUGGACGUGCUGCCUUGGAUCCUGUGCAAGGGAGACUGGAGUCGCUUCCACGCCGUGCGGCCGCCAAACAAUGGAUUGAGCUGCCCGGAAAACCCCCACGAGGACGUGUUCAUGAACGAACUGGAGGAGGCGAGGGAGUACUGAGAGACCACAGCCAAAACUUCACUCAGAGAGUCAGAGCGCCCAAUCCUAAUUUGAGAGGAGACUGCCUACUUUAAAAAGUCAUGAAAUAUUCCACGUAAACCACGCGUCGUGCGUCACACGUGACGAAAUGCACACGUGUGAUUGGGAGGUUUUUUUGGGGUUAAGGUUUGACGGUGAAGUGAGGCUGUCUCAAGUUAGGAUUAGGCCCCGUGUCCCGAUAUCAGCGGAACUGAACUGAAUUACAAGAACGGAAAAAAAUGCAGUGUUCUCCCAUCGCUCGCCAACCAGUUUGUUCCACAUCUGGCGUAACAUCGAGCUCUCUCUCCUCAUAUUCACUCUCCCGGUGCGUGUAAGCGUGAUGUCCACCUGCUGGCUGUUUCUGAUGGUGUCCAGGGGCCAGGUGCAUAAAUGUGUCCACACAAAAGAAAAAAACAAGCCAACGUCUUUUCCCAAACAUAAACCGGUAUUUAUGAAGGAGUAAUGUGGUGAGAAGCACCUCACACAUUCUUCAGAGCGGCACAGUUUUAGCUGAGAGCGCUGCAGGAAAUAUGAUAAAAAAGGUUAUUAAAUUUAAGUUUAGAGACAGAAAACAAUCUUUCAAGAUUGUUUUCCAGUUUCACAGAUUUUUUUUUUUUUUGCAGCUUUUACUGUAAAAUG